AGGCCUCGACCUAAAUCGUUCCUCUGCCCUUGCUCUGUUAUUUCAGACUGAUAAACGUUUCCGGCGAACUCGAAACGGAAGCGAUAAAAAUUCAUCGUUGUCGUGGAGCACACCGUACGUACGCCGGAGGUGCGUAGAAGAGGAGGCUUCUGGAUUGGUUGCUUGUUUCAGUUCAUACAUAUUUGUUUGUUGGCUUAAAAAUUAUUACCUUCGCCUCUAAAUUGAAAAGAGGAUCGAUCUGGAUAGCUCCUAUUCUUUCUUCGUUGAUUAGGGAUUUCAGAGUUGACAGAAGGAAGUAUAUACAUAGAAGAGGAGAAAAUGGAGGAAUAUCCGGAAGAAUUGCGGACGCCACCAGUGGGACUGAUAUCGCUGGUGGGAUGUCCAGAGCUCCACGCCACCAUUACCAAGUUUCUUCACUCUCAGCAGCCUCCUCUCAACACUUUAGCCUUCCCCGACUUCUCCAAGAUUUCUCUUCUUCUCUCUGCCUCCACCACCUCUAAAGAUCCGCUAUCUCAUUCUUCGACUGCUGCUGCUGCCGGCAUCUUGAAGAGAGAUUGGCUUCUUAAGCAUCGGACCAAGAUCCCCGCUCUGGUCGCCGCCCUCUUUCCCUCACAUCACGUUUCCGGCGAUCCCACUCAGUGGCUCCAGGUCUGCUCCGAUCUCGACAACCUCAAAGCAGUAAUUCGUCCCAAAAACAUCAAAUUGGUUGUCGUCGUUAUCCAUUCUUCCUCAAACGAUGAAAUCAGUGAAGACCGUAUAAUUGCUAUACGGAAGCGUGCUGAACUAGAUUCGAAGUACCUCCUUUUCUUCAACCCCGAUGUAGAUUCGGAACUCCAGCUAUCUCUAAAGAGGCUGCGCACCACGUUUGAAGAGUUGGCAAAUGCAUAUUAUAGAGAUGAGGGCAGGAGAAUUAAAACACGCAUUGAAAAGAAGACCUUCAGCUCUAUUGAGUUGCAUGUUCGCUAUUGCUUUAAAGUUGCUGUAUAUGCAGAGUUUCGUAGAGAGUGGGCUGAAGCUUUGAAGUUCUAUGAAGAUGGGUAUCACUUACUGCGAGAGAUGGUUGGGACAUCAACGAGGUUGCCUGCAAUUCAACGGUUGGUCGAGAUAAAAGCUGUUGCGGAGCAAUUGCAUUUUAAAAUAUCAACUCUGUUAUUGCAUGGUGGAAAAAUCAUGGAAGCAGUUACAUGGUUCCACCAGCAUAAUGCUUCUUACAGGAAGCUCACAGGAGCACCAGAAGUUAUAUUUCUUCACUGGGAAUGGAUGAGUAAACAGUUUUUGGUGUUUGCUGAGUUACUGGAGACUAGCUCAGCAGCCAUUCAGAGUGCACCAACUUUAGUGCUGAGCACUGCAGGAGGACCUUUGACAGAGUGGGAAUUUUAUCCAGCAUAUUAUUAUCAGGUAAGUACAAGAUUUACCUCCAUGAUGUUUUGUACAAUAUUUAAGGUCAAUAUGGAUCUUUUGUAGUGCCACUGUACUUGC